GAACGCAGCGCUGCAUACGCGGAGGGAUAUUGUCGUUUUCGUUGCCGCUAAACGCAAAACUACUAACCUGUUAUUCACGCGUACGCACGUUAUGAUCGCCGUCGAAAUCCGCGAAUCGUUGAACAGUGUCUAUUAGAUUAGAUAAGGGACUGUGAUGUGUAUGGUGCUGGGAAGUUUAUAGAUAAAUUGCGGGACGAUUGAAAUCGCCGGAGAGGCCAGCGUCAACAACAACAAAUUCUCAGAUUGUUCAUGUGCUUCUCCGAGGAGAACAACCAAUUUAUGCACUAAAUUAUAGCUGAAAUUAUUUGGGUAUGCGGUUCAAAGCCAUAGGAUGGGGAUCAAUUCUACUGAUCACAAGCUGCCUGUGUUCGGCACAGGACCUAAACAAUCCUUACACCGACACAUACAAUCGCUACGACGUGAACAAUCCUAGCACCACACCCAAUCCCAUCAAUCCGGACAAUCCGUACGAUCCCACGCAAGAUGUGAACCGACCACAAAAUCCCAUCGAAAACCCUUACGCCCCAGUUAACGAAAACCACAAUCCCUAUGGACAAAACGAUGUCAAUGGAGGCAAUCCCUACUCGCAAAACCCAUACGGACAGGAUCCGCAAUAUGGCAAGGGAGAUCAGUAUGGUCAGGAUGGCUUUGACCAAUACGGCGGUAGAAGUCCAAACGUUCCCUGGAGAAAUUCACCAUAUACCCCCGGAGGUAGACAUACUUCCGUGAUACGAGAACCGACGUAUUUCAUCGUGGCAUCAAAAAUGGUGCGUCCCGGCCAAUUAUACAGAGUGUCAGCUACAGUACUCAAAGAAAAGCAGCCGUUGAUCGUGCGUGCCUCGAUUCAAAGAAACGGUGUAGAAGUGACUGCUGAUCACAAAGAAGUAAAGGAGGGCAUACCGGAAACUCUAUUGAUGAGGAUACCUACGACUAGCGCAACCGGAGAAUACAAACUGAGAAUUGAAGGAUUGUAUGAGAAUAUUCUUGGAGGAAGUGCGUUCGCAAAUGAGACCAAACUAAUAUUCUCUCAAAGGUCCAUGACGAUUUUCGUUCAGUCUGAUAAACCAGUGUACAAACAAGGGGAGACGGUCAGAUUCAGAACCAUUCCUAUUAACACUGAGCUGAAGGCAUUCAACGAUGCUGUGGAUGUAUUUAUGUUGGAUCCUAACGGUUACAUUAUGAAAAGAUGGUUAUCAAGACAAUCUAAUCUCGGUACAGUAAGUUUGGACUACCAACUGUCUGACCAACCAGUCUUUGGUCAGUGGAAGAUUAGAGUUAUAGCUCAAGGUCAGAUUGAGGAGUCUACUUUCCUUGUAGAAGAGUACUACCAAACCCGUUUCGAAGUCAACGUGACGAUGCCCGCAUUCUUCCUUUCUACAGACGAAUAUAUUCACGGUGUCGUCAUGGCAAACUACACCAGUGGCGGCCCCGUUAAUGGAAACUUAACUUUGAAAGCCACCGUACGACCCAUCAGACCGAUUGAUCUCAACAGAAUGAUCAAUAAAACACGGGUGCGACCGGAAGAUCAGUACAGCUACGACAGAAACAUUUACGGUCCAACGAAUUAUAAUCAAAAUUACGAUCAAAAUUUCAACAGAGAUCAAAAUUACGGAAAUCAAAACUAUGAUCGCAAUCCUCAAUAUUACGGAAGACACACGAACCAGUUCGGAUAUAAUAACGGCUACGACGAUUAUAACCGACCCUUACUCGAGAAAUACUUAAACUUCAACGAAGAGUAUCCAUUCUGGAUGAAGAUUGCCGAUGAGAACUAUUACGAAGCGAUACCCAGUCUAAAACUCUUCGACGGGGUGUACGCCUUCAGAUAUCCAAUUAAAGAGCUCAUCAACCAUUUACCAACGUUGGAUGGUAUGGAAAUUGUGAUCACCGCAACAGUCGGCGACAGAUUUUUGGAUGAGAUUAUUGAAGGCUUCUCGACCGCUCGCAUAUCAAACUCAUCUAUAAAGCUGAAAUUUUUGGGAGAUUCGCCGCAAGUUUUUAAACCUGGAAUGCCUGUGACUGCAUAUAUUGUUGCAUCUUUCCAUGACGGUUCACCGUUGACCACCGAAAUACUCCGGAGGGGUAGAUUAGAAGUUUCCACGAACAUUGACCUGCGCACUGGUGGCAGGAGGGACAUCCCCAUCAGGCAAAUAUAUCAAAUGGAGGAGAACAACGGAAUUUGGGAAUACAAGAUUGAUUUGAAACGUGAAUUGGGCGUGACGGGUCCGAAAGCUUACGAAGAAUUAAGUCAGCUUAGUUCACUACGUGUCACUGCUACGUUUAGAGACGAGUUCGGUGGUGACCAAGCAACCACAGAACUGCUCAUGCUUGCGCACUACAGUGUGAACGACCAGCACAUUAAAGUCAUAACAAGUACCAUUACGCCAAGGGUUGGUGAAUACAUGAUCUUCCAUAUAAGAAGUAAUUACUUCAUAGAGAAAUUCAAUUACUUAAUUAUUGCUAAGGGAAUUGUGCUAUUGACCGGGGAUCAAGAUAUGAACGAUUUUGUAAGCACCAUGUCGAUCGCCUUGAGUGCCGAAAUGGCCCCAGUUGCUACUAUGGUUGUUUGGCACAUCGGAAAAUACGGAGAAUUGACCGUGGACAGUUUAACGUUCCCUGUUAACGGCAUUAGUAGAAAUAAGUUCAAGGUGUUUAUAAACAAUAAGAAAGCCCGUACGGGUCACAAAGUGGAAGUAGCAAUUUACGGAGAGCCGGGUUCUUACGUAGGUCUUUCUGGUAUCGAUCGAGCUUUCUACACGAUGCAAGCGGGUAAUGAACUCACAUAUGCCAAGGUGAUAACAAAAAUGGCCACAUUCGACGAGAAUACUAAUGGCACCCAUCGCCACACUUGGAUGUCCCAUGAAGGAAACCCAGACGAGCUAGUUUACUUCCCGUCGAGCACCUACGGCAUCGACGCUAAUCGUACAUUUGAAUACGCCGGCCUGGUGGUCUUCAGCGAUUUCGCUCUGCCUCGACGACCGGGCUUCUGUAACGCCACUUUAGGCUGGGGAGAAUGUCUUAACGGAAGGUGCUAUCGAUUGAGCAAGAGAUGCGACUUCGUUCGGGAUUGCGAAGAUGGCACCGAUGAAUCUGGUUGCAGUUACGACAACGGUACAGAACUAACGAACUUCCGAAAGUUCCGUUUCAACAGAAUUCAAAGGCAGUACGAGAACGUUUGGCUCUGGAGAGACGUGAACAUCGGUCCCCAUGGCCGAUACAUAUUCAAUAUUCCAGUGCCUGCUAGGCCCGUACACUGGAUGAUCUCUGCGUUCUCCAUGAGUCCUUCCCUAGGAUUUGGCAUGAUCAACAAAGCUAUAGAGUACAUCGGCGUCCUUCCAUUCUUCAUCAAUGUGGAAAUGCCGAACAUUUGCAUGCAAGGCGAACAAGUGGGUAUUCGAGUCACAGUUUUUAACUACAUGACUGACAACAUUGAAGCUACUGUAGUUCUGAAUGGAUCUCCUGAUUACAAGUUCGUACAUGUUGAAGAAAAUGGUAUUGUACGUGCUUACAAUCCUCGAACAUCAUUUGGAGAGCACCAAUUCUUCGUCUAUAUAAAGGCUCAAGAUACGACUAUUGUAUACAUUCCAAUUGUACCAACUAGAUUAGGAGACAUUGAAGUAACAUUGCAUGCUUCUACAUUGAUUGGAAAGGAUCAAGUAACUAGGAAAUUGCACGUGGAAUCUGAUGGUUUGCCACAAUACAGACACCAGUCUAUGCUUUUGGACUUGAGUAACCGUGCAUACGCCUUCCAGUACAUGCACGUCAACGUAACUGAAACUCCAAUUAUUUCAUACGAGUACGAUCGUUACUAUGUGUAUGGAUCAAACAAGGCACGAAUUUCAAUUGUGGGCGACGUCGUGGGACCCAUUUUUCCCACGAUGCCCGUAAAUGCAACAUCACUCCUUUAUUUACCAAUGGAUUCUGCCGAACAAAAUAUGUUCUCAUUUGCAGCCAUCAUGUACACUACGUUGUAUAUGAGGUACACCCAACAAAGGAACAGAACAUUACAUAAGGAGGCGUUUUAUAACAUGAACUUGUACUACCAGAGACAGUUGUCAUUCAUGCAGCCAGACGGAUCUUUCAGUACCUUUAGAAGCGAUUGGCGACAAUCGUCCUCUUCAGUUUGGUUGACUGCCUAUUGUGCUAGAAUUUUCCAAGAAGCCAGUUUUUAUGAAUGGGAAAAUUACAUUUAUAUUGAUCCUGUUGUUAUUGAAAAAGCUGUCAAUUGGGUGUUGCAGCAUCAAACUAAUGAAGGGUCUUUCUACGAACCUGGUUGGUUACCAGAUAGAAAGUACAACUCCUCAAUGAACAUAGAACAUGACACUAUCAGACACAGGAACAUUACGUUAACAGCACACGUUCUCAUUACUUUGGAGUCUGUGAAAGAUUUAACAAGUGGUCUGAGUUCACGUGUGGCCAUCGCCUCGAUACGCGCAAUUCAGUGGCUCGAACGAAAUAUGGAACUAAUCAAGAAUAAAGGUAAACCCUUCGACAUCGCCAUUGUUGCCUACGCACUGAUGAAAACCAAAGCUGCCAUUGCUGAAGCUGCCUUCCUGGAAUUGUCUCGUAACGCUAGACUAGAAGGUGGCCUUAUGUACUGGGGUAGACAACAAGUACCUCAGCCACCGUAUAAGAUCGAAAAUCAAAAACCUUUCCUGUUACCCAGACUUCCAUACGAAUAUGACUCCGAAAACAUCGAAGCCACUGCCUACGGCUUGAUGGUAUAUGUUGCCCGCCAGGAAAUUUACGUGGAUAACAUUGUUAGAUGGUUGAACACCCAACGUUUAACGGACGGUGGAUGGGCCUCUACUUCAGACACCGCCAACGCAAUGAAAGCCCUCAUUGAAUACACUUCAGCUCAACGUAUUCGUGAUAUAUCGAGUUUGUCUGUGACCAUCGAAGCCACCUCUUUGCCUGGAAAAACACAAACAAUGUAUGUAAACGACAAAAACAGAGCGAGAUUGCAGUACAUCGAUAUUCCUAAUGCAUGGGGUACAGUGAAAGUGCAGGCCAAGGGCACAGGUUAUGCCAUUUUGCAAAUGUCGGUGCAAUACAAUGUGGAUAUAGAGAAAUUCCAGACCAAGCCUCCGGUACCAUCAUUCGAUUUGAGGACUAAACAAUACUUCUACGGAAGAAAUCAGUCUCAUAUCACUUAUGUUAGUUGUCAAAGAUGGACACAUAUUAAUGAGUCGGAAAGGUCUGGGCUGACUGUACUAGAUGUAACUAUUCCCACUGGUUAUAUUAUCCAACAACAAGAUUUGGAUGAGUACAUUUUGUCAAGAUCAGUGAGGAAUUUACAAAGAGCUAAAUAUUCUGAAAGAAAAGUUUUAUUCUAUUUUGAUUAUUUGGAUAAUGAAGAUACCUGUGUAAAUUUCACUGUGGAAAGAUGGUACCCUGUCGCCAAUAUGUCUAGAUACUUGCCUAUUAGAGUAUACGAUUAUUAUGCCCCAGAACGAUUCAACGAAACAAUAUUCGAUGCCUUAUCAUCCUACGUCCUAGAUAUAUGUCAAGUGUGCGGUAGCAGCCAGUGCCCGUACUGCUGGAUCUACAACACCGGUGCAAACCUUCCCGUCCCCAUGCUAACCAUCCUGUUUACAGGCGUAUUGAUACUGAUGCGAAAUAUGCGUCUGGAUAACGGCGUAAUAAUUUAAUGCCGCAAAGUCUCAUUAAAAUUAAAUUGAACAAUUUAGUAAAGCGAAAAUAAAAAACGGUUUUUGUAUUGAAUAAGCGAUUCCAAAGAAUGUGAAUAUAUUGUAUACUGGUAUGUUGAGUACAAACUGAAAGCAGUGCCUAAAAAUAAAUUUAAGCGUUGGAACUUUGUUCAAUACGAAUUCUAAUUUAAAUCGAGCAAGCACUAGUUUUUUCAUCAGAAUCACACUUUAUAAUCUCAGUGCUUUGUUACUUAUACUUGUGUUCAUUAUUUUAAGGGUCAGACAUAGUCAAAAGUAUUUUUUUAGAUGGGUUUUUGCAAAAACAGGCACUACGAUCAUGAAAGCUAUAUUUGUUAUAACGUUGGGUAGAUGCAAUUUUAAUCACGAUCAACACAUUGCACACGAGUCAUAUUUAUUUUCCUACCGAUUGUGCCUCUUUUACAGCGUAUUGCAUUUAAACCGACGAAUACGUUAUUUGAUAUUGAUUUUUUUACGAUUCACUCCGUAUUGAAAUUGGUCUACCCAAGUUUAUUAAAAAUUUAUCAUUGUAGAUAUUUACAUAUAUAUAUUUUUGUAUAAGAACAAAAUCAUAUCUUGCAUCUCACGGUUUGGGAAAUUUGCUUUUUGACAAUGGGUUGUUUAGAUGUUGCAGCUUUUUGACCAAGUAUUAAUGCAAAUUUCCCCAACUUAGUUAAAUACUCAAAAUAGAAGAGGAUAGAUGAUAAUUUGUUAAAUAACUAAAUUAUAUAUGAAAAUUUUGAGCAUUUUUGGAUGCUCGUUAGUCUCAAAAGAAACCGUCCAAGUGCACUGACAUAGUUGGUGUUUAGAUUGUAGAAAAAUGUCUAAUAUAUUCUUAAUAGGAUAGUUUUCAUUUUUGUAAUUUCGUUGUAUGAGUUGUUUUUUCUUUUGUACUUUUAUAUCUUGUAUGUAUAUUGUUUAUACAAUUUUGCAAUAAAGAGUGAUUGGAAACGAUUACUAAAAUAAAAAGUUGUCGUUUCCAAAAAUAUGUUUUGGCAUAAAACAACCGUUGUAAAUAUUUAACAUUUUUGUUUAAUAGCAUUUAAACUUAAGGCUAUUUUAUUUAAGUAGACUUAAAAAAUAUUUGUACACAUGUUGACUUUAAUAAAAAAAAUAUUUCUUUUCUA